AUGUCCGACGACGAACCCGAUCUCGAGCUUCUGGAUUUGCUCCGCAAGUCACUUGGUAUCGGGCCUGCUGAUCCCAAUGCAGCCCCAGAGACGAAAGUGCUGCAAGAUGCAGAGUACAUUUACAACAACAGCAUCGACGUAGCACUUGACAUGCGGGGAACUAAGAACGCUGCUAUUGCUAUCUGGGAAUCCAUGCAAGAGCGCUCUUACAGCACGAAAACGUGGUCAGAGCACGAACUUCACCCAAAAAGUAAAGACGAAGCUACGGUCAAUUUCAUCUUCAUCAUGGACUUGCUGAACUUCUCAUUCUGGAGUGAGAAAAAUGCCGAGGAGAGAUUUACGGUCGAAUACAAAGAGAAAAGGUGGACAGGGUACUGGAGUUUAGUGGCUGCACUGCAACGAGCACUCGACGAAGAGAUACCCAUCACCUCCCCUGCUUUCUGGGCCAAUGAAGAAGAAUGCACCGAAGAAGUCCUCCGCUCCGUCUUCCGAUCUGUCACAUCUGAAGAAGUCCCCCUGUUCGCCGAGCGCGUCGCCUGCCUACGCGAAGCAGGCGAGAUCCUAGUCGAAGAAUUUGACGGCAGUAUCGUGACGCUUAUCGAGGACGCCAAGAACUCCGCGGCUGGACUAGUCAACUUGCUAGCUGACACCUUCCCGUGCUUCAGAGAUGAGCACAAGUUCGAGAGGCGGCAAGUGAGGUUCCUGAAGCGCGCACAAAUCUUUGUGGCGGAUCUGUGGGCUGCGUUUGAGGGCGAGAGCUACGGCGAGUUCAAUGACAUCGAUAAGAUUACGAUGUUUGCAGACUACCGAAUACCGCAAAUCCUCCACUCUUUCGGCUGCCUGAUCUACUGCCCGCCCCUCGAGUCCCGCAUCCGCCGGCUGGACCCGCUCGAAUGUGGGCACAGCUGGGAGCUGCAGCUACGUGGUUGCAGCAUCUGGAGUGUGGAACUUCUCCGCCGUGAGAUCGUUAGAGACCAUCCGGAGGCGAAAAUAAAUGCCAUUUUGAUAGACUUCUUUUUGUACGACCUGGCGAAAGAGAAAGAAGAUGAGGGCGAGGAGGAGAUACCACAUCAUCGGACCAGGAGUAUUUGGUACUGA